AUGGACAGACAGAUACCUCCUGCUGCUUCUAGCCUGCCAGGGAUGGCUCUGAGCUCUCGAGCGCACGCCUUCUCGGUGGAGGCCUUGAUGGGGAGACCCAGCAAAAGAAAAGCUAAAGACCCAAGAGAGGAGAUGCGGCCUGAGCUGCAGGAGGAGCAGUUCAUAGAGGAAGGGGAGGAGAUACUGAGCAGCCCUUCUGGGGACAGUGAGCAGCCGGAAAAACGACCCAAGGCAGAAUCUUCAAAAACUGUUUUCUCCUGCUCUGGCAACGAGAGCAACAGCCGGGAAAGUCUGCUGGAAGAAAGCAUUAUCCAAGUGGAGCUUCAGGGAUCUGACCUAUGGAAGAGAUUCCACGACAUUGGCACUGAGAUGAUCAUUACCAAAGCGGGCAGACGUAUGUUUCCUUCUGUUCGGAUCAAGGUGAAAGGGAUGGACCCUGUGAAGCAGUACUAUGUGAUUUUGGACGUGGUACCGGUGGAUUCCAAACGCUAUAGGUAUGUGUAUCACAGUUCACAGUGGACGGUAGCUGGAAAUACUGAUCAUUCAUGCAUCACUCCAAGAUUUUAUGUCCACCCGGACUCCCCUUGCUCAGGAGAAAAUUGGAUGCGUCAAAUCAUCUCUUUUGAUCGAGUAAAACUCACCAACAAUGAGAUGGACGACAAGGGCCAUAUCAUUCUGCAGUCCAUGCAUAAGUACAAACCCCGUGUGCACGUGGUGGAGGAGGACAGCAGGAUUGACCUGUCCCUAAUUCAGUCCUUUCCUACUGAAGGAGUUAAAACAUUCUCCUUUAAAGAAACUGAAUUCACUACAGUGACAGCUUACCAAAACCAGCAGAUUACCAAACUGAAAAUAGACAGGAAUCCUUUUGCCAAAGGAUUUAGAGAUCCUGGGAGAAACCGGGGUGUACUGGAUGGAUUUUUAGAGACCUACCCCUGGAGGCCUUCUUUCACUAUGGAUUUUAAACCUUUUGUCCCAGACACACAAAAUGGAAGUAGUGGUUCAUCUCCAGUGACAUCUAGUGGAGGAGCUCCCUCUCCUUUGAACUCCUUACUUUCUCCAUCUUGUACUCCACCUACGGUUUACAUACCACCAAGCUCCAUUGGGAUGACCCAUCCAGAGACGUACCUGCACAAUGUCAGUGUACCCUUCUGCUACAGAAUUUGUCCAACUAAUUAUUGGCGACCACAACCUUUUGUCUUACCUACUCCUGAAAGACUACCAAGCUUCAACAGCUCUCAGUCCUUUCCCCCACUCAUGAUGGAAGUCCCCCUGGUAUCCUCCAGGGGCUUCAUCAAUUCAAACAGUGGCUUACAUGAAGGCUGCAAUGGCCAUUGUCUACAAGCAUCUCAUUCUACCAGUCAAAUGGUAUAUGGAUUACAGAAUCCUGGAAACAUUUUCCAUCCAAACCCCAUUGCCCAAGAAGCAAUCUGUUGUCCUUUUCAUCCUCCCAAUGGCUGUUAUAGGUACAAUGUCUCCAUGCAACCUAGAUUGGAAAAUGUUGCCAAUCACCUCAGUGAAAAUGGUACCAAUCAAAUUUCUUUUACUGGAGGCAGCUGUGAUCAUUCCCAUUGGUAUCCAGCAAUCAACCAUUACUUUUAAUAUGACAACAUCCACGUUUUAAGACGUUC